GAAUUUCAAAAACCAACCGAUGAAAUGCAUUGACUUGAAGGAUUUGACGGGGUGAGCUGAGCUCUUGAUGCACUCAACCGAUAACUUAGCACGUUUAUAUCGCAUUCCUGGAAUUUGCCCACCAACAUUCUAUAAAUAGCCAUGCCAGUUAUCAGCUGGUGAGACGAAACUUCAGCGGACGGUUUAUCAUGACGGUCACCGGCGCGCCCGUCAUCGACAACGGUUGCCUCUCGGUCAGAGGCAAGGUGGUCUUGACCGGAGUCCCGCGGAAUGUUGCCUUCAAGCCGGUCGGAUCGGGGCCGGGCUUCUUGGGCGCCACGUCAGCAGCCCCCAGCUCCCGCCAUGUUUUCAGCCUCGGAGUUCUUGAGGGAUUCAAGUUCCUGUGUCUCUUUAGAGCCAAAAUCUGGUGGAUGAUACCUCGGGUCGGUGAAUCAGCUAAUGAAAUUCCCAUUGAAACCGAAAUGCUUCUCUUAGAAGCAAGACAGGAAUCCGCUUUAGAUGGAGUAUCGGAGGAACAAAACUCUGAAUUGACAUUCUACAUCUUAGCCCUACCUGUCUUGGAUGGUCCAUUCCGUACGAGUCUGCAAGGGAAUGCCGCAAAUGAGCUCCAGUUCUGUGCUGAAAGUGGCGACAUCAAUGUCACAACAACUGAAGUACUCGAGGCAGUAUUCAUCAACUAUGGAGAUAACCCGUUUGAUCUCAUCAAAGAUUCUAUCAAGAUUCUGGCGAAGCAGAAGGGUACUUUUAGCCACAUCGACGACAAAACGAUCCCCCCGCACCUUGAUUGGUUUGGAUGGUGCACAUGGGAUGCUUUCUACUCUGAAGUCAGUCCCAGAGGAAUCAAAGAAGGCCUCCAAAGUUUCUUGGAGGGAGGCUGUUCGCCAAGAUUUGUGAUCAUCGAUGAUGGUUGGCAAGACACGACAAAUGAAUUUUACGAGGAUGGAAAACCAAUUGUUGAAGGAAUGCAGUUUGCCACCAGAUUGGUUGACAUCAAAGAGAAUGAAAAAUUUAAAAUCUCGGUCUCAGAGGAUUCAUGCACUGAUUUGCAUGAGCUGAUUGAUUUCGUCAAACAGAAAUACGGACUGAAUUAUAUCUACCUGUGGCAUGCGUUGGCUGGUUACUGGGGAGGAGUGCACCCAACAUCUGAGAAAAUGAAGAAGUACAAUCCAAAGUUGGUAUACCCAAUUCAGUCCCCUGGUAACCUUGGUAACCUUCGAGACAUCGCUAUGGACAGCUUGGAGAAAUAUGGAGUUGGAGUAAUGGAUCCUGAGAAGAUAUAUGACUUCUACAAUGACCUCCACAGUUAUUUGGCACGCUGUGGUGUUGAUGGAGUAAAGGUGGAUGUUCAGAAUCUCAUUGAAACCUUGGGCAACGGGUAUGGAGGACGGGUUACAUUGACUAGACAAUAUCAAGAAGCUCUCGAGCAAUCUGUAGAGAAAAACUUCAAAGAAAACAACUUAAUCUGCUGCAUGAGUCACAAUACAGAUUCUAUCUACAGUUCCAAGAAGAGUGCAGUUGCAAGAGCGUCAGAGGAUUUCAUGCCACAAGAGCAGACAUUACAGACUUUACAUGUUGCCUCUGUCGCAUAUAACAGCCUUCUUCUUGGGGAGGUAUUUGUGCCAGAUUGGGACAUGUUCCAUAGCAAGCACAAAACUGCUGAGUUUCAUGGCGCAGCAAGAGCACUAGGUGGUUGUGCCGUAUAUGUCAGUGACAAACCUGCCAACCAUGACUUCAACAUCCUGAAGAAGCUGGUUUUGCCGGAUGGUUCUGUCCUAAGAGCUAGAUAUGCUGGCCGGCCUACUCGUGACUGUCUCUUUGAAGAUCCUGUCAUGGAUGGGAAAAGUUUGCUCAAGAUAUGGAACGUGAACAAGUUAACAGGCGUAAUCGGUGUAUUUAAUUGCCAAGGAGCAGGAAGUUGGCCUUUGAAACAGGAUUUACAAGAGAAGUCAUUAUCACCGCCCGCUGAGCUUCCUCCCAUCUCAGGGCGCAUCAGUCCUGCCAACAUUGAAUUUCUUGAAGAAAUUGCAGGUGAAAACUGGGAUGGAGACUGUGCAGUGUAUGCAUUCAACAAAGGAUCCCUGUCCAGACUGUCAAAGAGAGGAAAUCUUGAAGUUACCUUGAAGACUCCGGAGUGUGAAAUAUACACAAUAUCACCAAUAAGGAUUUUCCUCGAGAAUAUUCACUUUGCUCCAAUAGGCUUGCUGGACAUGUACAACUCUGGAGGAGCAGUGCAAUCUAUAAAAUGCACCACCAUUUCAGAGGGCAUAAUUAUUGUAGAAGGUCGAGGAUGCGGCCGAUUCGGAUUCUAUACAACCUCGAAGCCGAAGUGCUGUAAAGUAGACACCAAGGAAGUGGAAUUCACUUACAAUGCUGAAGAUAACAUGUUGACAAUAGAUCUUCCAGAACAAUGUCAACUGAGGGAUAUUGAAAUUGUUUACUGAGGAUAAGAUGCGUUUUCAUUGAACAAUGAAAAUAAAAAAUUUAUUACAGUGAUGUUGCGGAUUUGAGUCU